UUGCUCCAAUAAAUAUCCUCAAUUAUUGCUGGAAUGUCGCUUCCCAAAGCCCACGUCCUGCGUGAUCCGUCGCUGCCAUGUCCUGCCAGUAGAGUGACUGCCAGCCUGUUCAUGGCAUUCCACAGCUGACUGUACGCGCUUCCCUUAUAGAGAGAGUAUCUCAGAGCAGGAAUGUCCCUGCUCACUUACUGAUAAUCUUAUUUUGGAACAUGGGGUGUGUCUUGUGUCUGCAAAAUGUACAGAGCUGUGUAUUAGUGUCCUUUUUUUCAGCUGUCCUUUCUCCUUUGUCCCUAAGUUUGACUUCCAUUGUGGCGGUGACAUUGGAUCCAAUGUAAGGGUCGGGCCGCAGGAAGCAAGGAAAGAGCAAUUGAUGUUGGAAAGUAGCCAAGCAACAGAAGAAGAAAAUGCAGACCACCGAUUUUGACAAUGUGGAAAUUGAGCAGCAGUACAGCUUGGUGAACUCCCGAUGGGAGGCAACAGAAGAUGACCUGGACAAUGAUAACAGUUCUGCUCGCAUGUUUGAAAGAUCAAGAAUUAAAGCCCUUGCAGAUGAACGUGAAGCAGUGCAAAAGAAGACAUUUACAAAAUGGGUGAACUCACAUCUGGCGUUUGUGAGCUGUCGUAUAUCUGAUCUCUAUUUGGACCUAAGAGAUGGAAGAAUGCUGAUAAAGCUUCUAGAGGUGCUGUCAGGCGAACAGCUGCCAAGACGGACUAAAGGACGCAUGAGAAUUCACUGCUUAGAAAAUGUAGACAAAGCCCUUCAUUUUCUGAGAGAACAGAAGGUUCACCUAGAAAAUAUCGGUCCCCAUGACAUUGUUAAUGGUAAUCACAGGUUAAUACUUGGACUCAUCUGGACCAUUAUAUUACGAUUCCAGAUUCAAGACAUUAUUGUGGAGACAAAAGGCAGUGAGACUCGUUCUGCUAAAGAUGCUUUACUGCUCUGGUGCCAGAUGAAGACAGCGGGAUAUCCAAAUGUCAAUGUCACCAACUUUACAUCCAGCUGGAAGGAUGGAUUGGCUUUCAAUGCUCUCAUCCACAAACACAGGCCCAAUCUGAUCAACUUUGAUAAAUUGAAGAAAUCAAACGCUAAAUAUAACCUGGAAAAUGCAUUUACCGUGGCUGAUAGACAGCUGGGGAUAACACAGCUCCUAGAUCCAGAGGAUGUCUACACUGAAAAUCCUGAUGAGAAAUCCAUUAUAACGUAUGUGGUGGCCUUUUACCACUAUUUCUCCAAAAUGAAGGCUUUGGCCGUGGAAGGUAAAAGAAUUGGCAAGGUUCUGGAUAACGUUAUGGACACAGAUAAGAUGAUAUAUGAAUAUGAAAGACUAACUUCAGACUUGCUGACAUGGAUUGAACAAACCAUCAUCGCUCUCACAAACUGGAAGUUUGCCAAUUCUUUGCUGGGUGUUCAACAACAGCUGCAGUCAUUCAGUGCCUACAGGACCAUAGAAAAACCACCAAAAUUUAAAGAAAAAGGGGAACUAGAGGUCCUGCUGUUCACCAUACAGUCUAGGAUGAGGGAAAAUAAACAGAAAGUGUAUGUACCGCGAGAUGGCAAGCUUGUGGCCGACAUCAAUAGGGCAUGGGGUCGACUUGAGAAAGCUGAACAUGAACGUGAGACAGCACUAAGGAAUGAGCUGAUUCGACAGGAGAAGCUGGAACAGCUGGCCAAACGUUUGGAUCGCAAAGCGGCAAUGAGAGAAGCGUGGGUGGCGGAGAAUCAGCAUCUAAUUUCUCAGGAUAAUUUUGGUUAUGAUUUGCAUUUGGUGGAAGCAUCCAAGAAGAAGCAUGAAGCUAUUGAGACAGACAUCUUUGCCUAUGAAGGACGUAUUCAGGCAAUAGUAAAUGUAGCCAAAGAGCUGGAGAAUGAGAAUUAUCAUGACAUAAAGAGGAUCAAUGCCAGGAAAGACAACAUUGUACGCCUCUGGCAAUAUCUCCUUGAGCGACUUCAUGACCGGCGACAAAGACUCAACAUGAAUCUGGAGCUUCAAGUUCUUUUCCAGGACAUGCUACAUACUGUUACCUGGAUGGAUGAAAUGAAGAAUGGGCUUUUAUCACCGGACUUUGGUAAACACCUGAAUGAAGUGGAAUAUUUGCUGCAAAAACAUCUAUUAACUGAAGCCGACAUAGCAGCACAGGAGGAAAAAGUGAUGUCUUAUAAAACAGCUACGCAGAAGUUUGUCAUGGAAGAAGGGUACAAGCCAUGUGACCCACAGCUGAUCAAAGACAGAGUUAACCAUCUAGAAAUGUGUUACCAAGAUCUGGUUGCAUUGGCGGCACAUCGGAAAGCUCAACUGCUGCAGUGUAGACACAUGUGGAAGUUCUUCGUAGACAUGGAUGAGAUAGAAAGAUGGAUAAAGGAGAAAGAACACAUUUAUACUUCUAUGGACUUUGGAAAAGAUCUCACCACCAUUUCCAUUCUACAGAGGAAGCAUAAAGCUUUUGAAGAUGAACUCAAAGGCCUUGAAUCUAAUCUACAACAGGUCAUCAAUGAUGGAGAGUUUAUGAUUGCCAACAAGCACCCAGACUCACCGAAGAUCCAAGAACGAAUCGACAGUGUUAAAGACGAGUGGGCACAGCUGAAGGAUUUAGCGGCUUUCCGCCUCAAAGUGUUACGAGACACUGAAAACUUUUUCCAGUUCCAGGUUGAUGCUGAUGAACUGGCUGCAAGGAUGCAGGACUCGUACCGUAUCCUGCAAACAGACGACAUAGGUCAUGAUGAAUAUUCCACCAAUGUUCUGGUAAAGAAACAUAAAGAUCUUCUAGAUGACAUUGUGUUGAACAGGAAGGUUUUAGAAGGUCUUAACCAACAAGUUCAAACCUUCCCAGAAGAAUACAAGACGUCUCCUGAGAUAGACAGUCGACUGCAAAAACUGAAGGCUCUCUAUUCUGACCUGGCAUCUCUUGCUGACCUGCGUUCCCAAAAACUUCAAGACACUCUAGCGUAUUACACAAUUCUUGGAGAAAUAGAUUCCUGUGAAAUGUGGAUGGAUGAAAAAGAGAAGUGGCUGGGAAAGAUGGUGAUUCCUGAAUCCCUGGAGGACAUGGGGGUUGUCCAGCAUAGAUUCAAUACCUUGGGCCAAGAAAUGAAUACAGUGGCUUCCCAGAUUGAAAAUGUGAAUAAUGCAUCUGAGGCUCUCUUUGAAAGUGGACACCCCAACAGAAUGCAAGUAAAGCAAGGCCAAGACCAUAUGAAUGCAAGAUGGGCUGAGUUUCAGGAAAUUGUGGCCAGUAAGAGAAAAUCUGUUGACUCCGCUCUCGGCCUUCACAACUUUGGUUUGGAGUGUGAGGAAACCAACAACUGGAUAUUGGAGAAGAUCAGGGUGGUUGAUUCUAUCCAGGACCUUGGGGAUGACCUUGCUUCGGUCAUGUCAAUUCAGAGGAAACUAUAUGGUAUUGAGAGAGAUCUAGGAGCUAUUGAAACUAAACUCAUAAAUCUCCAAGAAGAAGCAAAACAACUGGCAAAUGAAAAUCCUGACCGUCCACAGGAGAUAUUUAACAAACUGAUUGGCAUCAACAACGUGUGGCAGGACUUACAGAAGGCACUGCAAAAUCAGGAGGACUCACUUGGGGAAAGCAGCAAGCUGCAGAAAUUCUUAGUUGACCUCUUUGAUUUUGAGACCUGGCUCUAUAGAGCACAACAGUCCACAGCUUCAGAAGAGACACCAACAUCCCUGGUAGAAGCAGAACAACUAUACCAUAACCACCUCGCACUUAAAGAGGACAUGGAACGUCAUGAACCUGAUUUCAACGAUAUUGUGGACAUGGGCAACAAAGUGACAAGCGGGCAAACUGACCCUCAAUAUCAGCAGCUUGAACAAAGGGUCAGAGAUUUAGAGGUUGGAUGGAGAGACCUGCACAAAAUGUGGAGCAAUAGAGAACAUUUUCUUUCUCAGUGUCUUGAAUUUCAGAAGUUCUUGAAGGAUGUGAAGCAAUGUGAAGCCAUUUUAAGCAAUCAGGAAUACACCCUCGCUCACACUGAGCUACCAAACACGUUACAAGCCUCACAAAACAGAUUGAAGAAACAUGAAGACUUUUUGACCAUCAUGGAAAGUAACGAAGAGAAGAUUGUGGGAACCAUUAAUAAUGCGGUGAAACUGAAUGAAGAUAAGAACAUAUUUGCUGAUAAAGCUUUGGAAAAAGCAGGUUCACUGCGUGAUAGGUAUGCUGUGAAUGUGGAGAAGGCAAAAGAGGUCUUAGCCCUGCUGCAGGAUCACGUUGAUCUUCAGGAUUUUGUUGAAAACAGUGAUGAGUUUACUUUGUGGAUAAAUGAAAAAAUGCUGACUGCUCAGGAUACAUCUUAUGAGGAAGCUCGCAAUCUGCACAGCAAAUGGUUAAAACACCAAGCUUUUAAGGCUGAAAUUGAUUCCAACAAAUACAGGCUGCAGAAGAUAGACCAGAAAGGACAACACCUCGCACAGGAAAAGCCUCAAUUUGCACCAACAGUCUCUGAUAAGCUGAGCACUUUACAUGGGCAGUGGAAUGAGCUGGAGACCACUACUCUCAAGAAGGAGCAGACUCUGUUCGAUGCCCACCGCAAUGAGCUGUAUGAACAAAGGUUUGCAGACCUAGAUCAGUGGAUCAAUGACUAUGAGCUGCAGGUGGCAUCGGAUGACUAUGGAAAAGACUUGACAAGUGUUAACAUUCUUCUCAACAAACACAAGAGAAUUGAAGAUCAAAUUGACCAUAAGACAAAAGAAAUGGAUGAAGUCCUUCCAGAUGUACCAUCACUUGCAGGAGACAAGGACCUGGGUGAAAAGGAAGAAAGCAUUAAAGUGCGCUUCCUACAACUUCAAGAGCCGAUGCAAGAAAGAAAGAGAAGACUUCAAUCUUCAAAGCAGGUUCACCAGCUACAUCGGGACCUGGCAGAUGAAAUUCUCUGGGUUCAAGAAAGAAUGCCCCUUGCAGAGUCAAAAGAUUAUGGAAAUAAUCUUCAAAUGGGACAGAUGCUUCUAAAAAAGAAUCAGACUUUGCAAAAGGAAAUAGCAGGUCAUGGUCCAAGAGUUGAUGAUGUUAUAAGAAGAGCAGAGGAUAUGGAAAGUGAACCUGAUAUUAACCCUGAACCUAUUAGAAGGCAACGACAAGCAAUGCAAGAGCAAUGGGAUCGACUGCAGACAGCAACAGUAGCCAGGCAGAAAGCCCUUAACCAGGCCAAUGAGGCCCAGCAGUAUUAUAUGGAUGCCAAUGAAGCAGAAGCCUGGAUCGACGAACAGCAGCUGUAUUUGAUGGGGGAUGAAAAGCCAAAGGAUGAAGAAACUGUAGUUCUUAUGCUAAAGAAACACCUUAUUUUGCAGCAGGAAAUAGUACAAUAUGCAAAAAACAUCAAAGAUUUGGCAGAGCAAUCUCAGAAACUCCUGGCAUUAGAACACCCCGAUGGUGAACAGAUAAUACGACAUCAAGACAAUCUGGAAAAACAGUAUGCCGCACUACGGGACCGGGCAGAUGAGCGGAGACAGAAUCUGGACAACCAUUAUCACAUGUUUCAGCUCAGACGUGAAGUGGAAGAUCUGGAGCAGUGGAUUGCAGAAAGGGACAUCAAAGCCUCAUCCCAGGAGAUGGGUCAAGAUUUAGAUCACGUUACUAUACUUCGAGACAAAUUCCGUGACUUUGCAAAGGAGACAGGAACAAUUGGUCAGGAACGCAUGGACAAUGUGAAUAUUUUAAUUGAGGAACUAAUUGAUGCUGGUCAUUCUGAAGCUGCAACCAUCGCAGAAUGGAAGGACAACCUGAACGAGAGCUGGGCUGACCUACUGGAACUGAUCGACACUCGUGUUCAGCUCUUGUCUGCAUCUUAUGACCUACACAAAUACUUCUUUGAUGGGACAGACAUCCUGAGCUUGAUUGUAGAGAAACACAAGGAGUUACCAGAGGAGCUGGGAGGAGAUGUACACUCUGCUGAAACACUGCACAGAGUACACGCAGACUUUGAAAGGGGCAUUUAUUUUAUUGGCUCACAGGUUGAGGGUUUCCAAGAGACAGCAGCACGUCUAUAUGCAGCCUAUGCAGGUGAUCAAGCUAUGGAGAUCCAGAAAAAGGAGAAGGAGGUGAUAGAGGCCUGGAAAGCCCUCCUGGAUGCCUGUGAUGGGCGCCGUACAGAACUGAGCAGCGCAGCGGAGAAGUUCAAUUUCUUCAGCAUGGUUCGCAAUUUAAUGCUCUGGAUGGAAAGUAUUAUUAGACAAAUUGAAACCCAGGAGAAGCCGAGAGAUGUGUCGUCUGUUGAGUUCCUAAUAAAAUACCAUCAGGAACUAAGGGCUGAAAUUGAAGCCAGAAACACGACUUAUAGCAGCUGUGUUGAAUUAGGUGAAACUCUGCUGGCUCGUAACCACCCGGAUUCAGAAGAGAUAAAGGAAAAGCUUGGAGAACUUGCGGAAAGAAGAGCAGAGAUGAUGGACAGAUGGGACAAGCGAUGGGAAUGGCUCAAUGUUUUGUUGGAAGUUUGUCAGUUUGCAAGAGACGCCUCCAUGGCAGAAGCCUGGUUAAUAGCGAAGGAGCCCUACUUGUUGGCCACGCAUGUUGGAAACAGCGUGGAUGACGUGGAGAAGUUACUUAAAAAGCAUGAAGCCUUUGAGAAAUCCACGGCGACAUGGGAAGAAAGAUUUGCAGCACUCGAAAGGUUGACUACGUUGGAAUUGCUGGAAAUACGUAAAUACCAGGAUGCCAUGAUGCAACAAAUGACAAUGGCAGCUGAUGCUGAAACAAGAGAGGUCCAGGCAGAAAUUCAUGUUCAACCAAAAGAUGAAAUAGAAUAUUUGGAACCGACUCUCAGCCAAGCAGUGGAGGAACCAGAAGAGGAACGAGAAGUAAUAGAACAUGAAUUGCCUAGCAGACAUGAUGUUAUAGAAGAGACACAAGUGACAGUAGAAGAGUGGAAGACUUCAACAGAGGAGCAAGAGACUGAAGGGGCAGGUGCGGCAGAGUACAGCGUGCUGCACCCAACUGUCAUCGUAACUGAAGAGAUCGCAACUCUUCCAGCAAGUCUGCCUAGUUCUGUCAGUGUUCAUAUGCAAGGAACCUUAUUCAGAAAACACGACCUGGAAGGACCACUAAAGAAAGCACAAAACAGGACCUGGAACAAUGUCUUCUGUGUCCUAAAGGAUAACGACUUAUAUCUGUACAAAGAUGUCAAGAGUUUUUCCCUGAAUGAAACUUUACCAGGUGAAGAACCACUUUUCCUGGGCAGUGCGGCUUGUGAAGCAGUAGCGGACUAUAAAAAGAAAAAGCAUGUGUUCAGGCUAAGGCUAAGUGAUGGCAAUGAGUGGCUCUUUCAGGCAAAAGAUGAGGCUGAUCGUCAAACCUGGAUUGACAGCCUUAGAACAUCAAUUGCAGAGACAUCCGAUCAAAAACCAAAGUCUAAAAGUCUGCCUCUACCUUCCACAUCUGUAACAGAGAUGAAGCCAGAGAAGAAAGAAAAAAGAUUCAGUCUCUUCCCAUCUAAAAAAUAGUAUUUAAAGAAUCCAAGCCAUGUACUGUUUACUUUCUAACUAACAGGACACCAUCUGAGCACUACAGUUCCUGGGAAGGUGUUGGCUCAUACCCGCAUCUCUGACCACCUGAAAUCACACCACUACGAUGGGAGAUCCUGCUAGAAGUGGAUCCUUCAUUUACACACAGUAGAAAUGCUGAUUUUCUGGACCAAACCAAUACCAUAUCGAUUCACUAGAAACCACCACAUUAAUGCCACUAGUUUCAAGCAAAUGAUGGAUUGGUUCACUCCAGGACAUGGCAUUGUAAACUGUGUGUAGCAUGCGUCCACUUGUUAUGGUGGAGAGCGCCAGUAUCAAUAUAGGCAUUUAAACUAAUGGUCCUUACUUUACAAGAAUAUAUAUUCUCAUCCUGUCUGCAGUAUUGGAUGGCUUAUUUUAGUUUGCAUGUCACACAGCUUUUCCCAAAUGUUAUUUCCAUGGUCAUGACAAUUUGCCAGCAGGUAGAGCCCUUGCAUGUGGUAGUUAUGUGCUGUAGUAAAAUAUUGCAAAAACACAGUUGUACUGUAUCCUGUAGCAAGCUAACUUCAGCCCUUUGCUGUCUGGUUUAGUUGGCUGGACAUACCUGCAGUCCUCUUGGGCAGACAUCAUCAAGAUUGGAGUCCAUCAUCCUGUCCUUGUAUAUAGUGAGCUGUACUGGAUGACAUCAGCCCAUUGAUUCCAAUUGGGGAGAUUGUCCUGCGGCUACUUUUAUCAUUAGGAUCAAGAGGUCAUGUCACUUAGGCCAAUAGCAGCCAUAUUCCAAUUACGCUUGUAAACAAGCAAUGAUCACAUACUUUAUUGGCAGUUAUCAUAGUAAGGUGGUGAUUUGUUAGGUUAGGAACUUCUAAAUAUACAGGUAACCUAACACUCAAUCCCAGUUAACCUUAAAGCAUUACAGUGACCCCCCCGACCUACGAUGGCCCCGACAUACGAUCAUUUCAACAUACGAUGGCCUCUCAGAGGCCAUCGCAUGUUGAAGGCAGCAUCAACAUACGAUGCUUUUGUAUGUCGGGGCCAUUGCAUAAACGGCUAUCCG